AUGGGCUGUCUAUUUCUUCUUCUUCUUCUUCUUGUGUUGCAAUAUCCACUUGUUAUCUUUUCAAGUCAUCUAUGUCGACGAGACGAGAGUUUGGUUUUGCAAAACCUGAAGCUUAAACUGUCCAUAGAUGACUCUGCUUCUGCUGAUUGUGAAUCCAAUGGUUACUUUCCCUAUCCAAAGACACUUUCUUGGAAUAGAACCACUGAUUGUUGUACUUGGGAUGGUGUAACAUGUGAUAAAGUUACUGGUCGAAUAACUCGUCUUGAUCUUAGUUGUAGCAAACUUCAUGGAACAAUUGACUCCAACAGCACCCUCUUCCAACUGUCUCAUCUUCAAAACCUUAAUUUAGCUUACAAUGAUUUCUCACCUUCCCAAAUUUCAAGCAAAUUUGGAUGGUUUCCGAGUUUGACACAUCUUAAUCUAUCGCGUUCUGGUUUUUCAGGGACAGUACCUUUACAAGUCUCAUAUCUAUCUAAGUUGAUAUCACUUGAUCUUUCUGCAGGUAUUGAGGAGUUGAGAGUUGAGCCUCACACUUUCAAAAUGCUCCUUCAAAACUUAACUCAACUAAGGGAGCUUUACCUCACCUCAACGUAUAUAUCUUCAUCACUUCCAUCAAACUUGUCCUCUUCCUUACAAGAGCUGAAUCUUGUCGGAACGGAAUUGUCUGGGAAAAUCCCUGAUGACAUUUUCCAUUUACCAAGAUUGAAAAUGCUUAACUUAGGGAGCAACUUGUAUCUCACAGGGCAUUUGCCAACAACUCAAUGGAACUGCAGCAACUCUUUAAGGGAAUUAGAUCUUUCUUCCUCAGGCUUUUCGGGGAAUAUACCAGAUUCUAUUGGUCAUCUCAACUCUUUAAGGAAAUUAGAUAUAUCAGGCUGCUACUUCUCUGGUAACAUUCCUCCAACUAUCGGUGAUCUCACCGAGCUCACGAGUUUGCAACUCUUCUCCAACAACUUCAAUGGUCAACUACCAUCAACAAUCUUAAAGCUGGUGCAACUUGUUGAGUUUGAUAUCUCAUCUAACAACCUUACAGGCAACAUUCCAAAUAUUUUCGGUAACUUCACCAAGCUCAAAUCUUUAUCCUUUUCAUAUAACCUCUUUAUGGGCCUUUUUCCAUCCUCGGUUACAAACCUAACAGAGCUAGAGAGUUUAGACCUCUCAAAUUGUUCUAUAACUGGUCCUAUUCCUUCUAGCAUCAGCACCGGAUUCCCUAACCUCAUCUUGCUCUUCCUACCAUAUAACUCCCUUAGCGGAGAAAUACCAUCUUGGAUAUUUAAUCUUCCUUCCUUAAAAUACUUAGUUUUGAGAGGCAAUCAACUUACUGGUCAACUUAAGGAAGUUAGAUACAACUUGUUAGAAGUUGUUGAUGUCGGUGACAAUAAGCUGAAUGGACCUAUUCCAACAUCAUUCUCUGAACUAGUGAACUUGACAACACUUGAUCUUUCUACAAACAACCUUUCUGGUGGUCUAGAUAUUGGGUUGUUUUCAAAAUGCAAACAACUUCGACGUCUUGGCCUUUCUUUUAACAAUCUGUCUGUAUUUUCCAGUCAAAAAAAUGCAUCCUUGCCUAGUUCUCUUGGAAGUUUGUAUGCAUCUUCUUGCAACAUAAGGGAGUUAAAUUUCCUACGAGCUGCAAAAUACAUUGGUAACUUAGAUCUUUCCAACAACAACAUGCAUGGAAAAAUUCCUGAUUGGGCAUGGUCUAAUUGGCAAGUCUCAGUGUCUUAUUUGAAUCUUUCUAGCAACUUUCUAACGGCUAUUGACCUGCUUCAUAACUUUGAGAGUCUUUACAAUCUUGAUAUUGGAUCUAACUUGAUUCAAGGAGAAUUACCUUCUCCACCUCCCUUAUUGUUCCUCUUCAUAGCCUCGAACAAUAACUUCACCGGGAAGUUACCUAAUUCACCAUUAUGCAAAAUGAGUUCCCUUUUGAUUCUUGAUUUGUCCAAUAACAGCCUGAGUGGAGUAAUUCCAAAAUGUUUAGUGAACAUGAGCACAAGUCUCUCAGUGUUGGACCUGCACAACAAUCAUUUUAGUGGGACAAUUCCAAAUAACUUUGGUAAGGGAAGUAGUCUGAGAAGUCUCAAUUUGCGGAAAAAUAAACUAGAAGGAAUGUUACCAAGAAAGCUUACCAAUUGCAGAGGGCUCGAAGUAGUUGAUCUCGGAGAAAACUUGUUGAAUGAUACAUUUCCCAAAUGGUUAGGAUCACUUCCUAGGCUGCAAGUUCUCAGUUUGAGAUCCAAUAAAUUACAUGGCCCGAUUACCAUUUCAAGAAACCAAGUCUUAUUCUCAAAGCUGAAAAUCCUUGAUCUCUCUUAUAAUGACUUCACUGGAAACCUGUCAGAAAGGUUUUUCAACAACUUGAAAUCCAUGAUAAUAGAAGAUCAAACGGGAAUUCCUUUAACGUAUAUUGGAGAAGUUCGAUACCAUGAUUCCUUGACAUUGUCUAUAAAAGGACAGCAGAUUGAACUUGUGAGGAUUCUUUCUAUCUUCACAACCAUUGAUUUCUCAAAUAACAGAUUUAAAGGUAAUGUACCAAACUCCAUUGGAAAUCUUGGUUCACUUCGCGGGUUGAAUUUGUCACACAACAGCCUUCUUGGACCUAUACCUCAGUCUUUUGGAAAUUUAUCUGUUCUUGAGUCGUUAGACCUUUCGUGGAACCAACUUUCUGGGAACAUUCCUCAAGAAGUUGCUUCACUGAAAUCUCUUGCUGUCAUGAAUCUCUCACAGAACCACCUGAUGGGACGCAUACCUAGAGGUCCACAGCUUGAUACAUUUGAAAAUGACUCAUAUUCAGGAAAUGCUGGAUUAUGCGGAUUUCCCUUGUCAAGAAACUGCGGAGAUAAUGAGAUGCCUCCUUCUACUGUGACUGAUAUUGAAGACGAAGAAGAUUCAGGUUUUAUGGAUUGGAGAGCUGCGAUAAUAGGAUGUGGUUGUGGAUCAGUGUUUGGGAUGUUUAUAGUAUAUAUCAUUUUCUUAACAGGGAGACCAAAAUGGUUUGUGAGAAUUGUCAACCAACAGAUCAACAGGAUCCUUUUGAAAAUUGAGGCAAAGAGAAGAAUUGAGGCCAAAAAGAGAAGACGGCAGACAAGAAGAAGGAUGAAGUUUUAG